AUGUCGCCGUCGCUCCGCAACCCUAACAUCAACGUAACUCGGAACAUCGUUGGUCGUGAUCUUAUCACCACCAUCAAGAUCGACUGCGAUGAUUUCGAAAGUUACGAGGUUCGGAGGAUUGGCCACCAAGUUCUUAUCAUUGGAAGGAACUCUAUUGGUGGACAAUCGGACGGUCGGAUCCAUCAAGAAGACAUAGGAGGUGCAGACGAUGACGUGGAAGAGGAUAUUGAUGAAAUGGAGGAUGACCGUGGUUCAGAUCCAGAUCUGGACCAACUGGAUGCCGAAAAUUCGGCCGAUUUAUUCGCUGAUUUUCGGGCCGCACAAUUAGAGGAAUGGAGAGAGGCUGAAAUCGAGGCCAAGGAAGCUGAAGAGGAAGAAUUGGAGCGGCAGAACAUCCAGGCGGCGGAGGAAUUUGGGGAGGAUGAAGCUGAAGGAGAAGGAGAAGCUGGAGAUGAAGCUGAAGAUGUUCGAGGGGAUGAUUUGGGAGAAGCUGGAGAUGUUCGAGGGGCUGAUUUGGGAGCAGCUGGAGUUGAUCAAGAAGGAGAAGCUGGAGAGGAUGAAGCUGAAGGAGAAGAGGAAGAGGAAGAAGAGGAUGAGGAGAAUGAUCAAGAGGAUGAUGGAGAUGAUCGAGGAGGAUUUGGAAUGAUGGCUGGAGAUGUUAGAGGAGCUGAUUUGGAAGAUGUUUUUGGGGAUGAUCAAGAAGAAGCUGGAGCUGAAGGAGAAGAAGAAGCUGAAGAUGAGGAUGAAGAGGAAAAUGAGGAUGAUGAAGAUGAUCAAGAGGAGGAUGAAGCUGAAGAAGGAGAAGCUGGAGAGGAGGAUGAAGAGGAAAAUGAGGAGGAAGAAGAGGAAGAGGAAGAUCAGGAUGAGCCAGGAAACGGCGUGGCGCCGAUUGCUCCGCUCAGAAUUCCGAUGCGGGUCGCGGUGUCGGCCUACAAUGCGACACUCAAUUACACAGCCGCACCCGCACCGCAGCGUCGAGCAAACAGGAAGCGAGCAGCGGACAAUCGGGGACCGCCGCCACCACCAAUCACAAUCCAAGAAGCGUGGUUCGUCGUCAAUUCGGCGGGCGACGUUCAAGACGUCUUGAUGGAGCUGCAAGAUCGGUUGUUGGCGACAGAUUAUGGGCUGAUGCACGAGGAAUUCUCCAGCAGAUUGUUCCGACUGCUUGGAGCGUUUCGUCGUGCGAGAACACCGCCUGUCGGUCAACGACUCCAGCAAUUGUGGUUGGCAACCGUCACAUUGAAAGCGGCGAUGGGUGUGGAAUGA